GCCAAUCAAACAAGAAGAAGAAGAAGAAGAAGACUCAACUCGUUGGUGCCACUUCCGCGUUGAGGAAAAUUUUGGGAUUUGUGGACGCUCAAAGUUGCACUUGGGAGCAGAAAUGCUGCUGGUUUUAUCCGAAGAACAUAAAGAACACCUCACCUUCCUCAGCAAAGUUGACGCGGCAGUGGUUGGAGAGUUUGGCCGCAUCGCUCUGGAGUUUCUGAGGAGAGGAAUCAGCCCCAAAGUCUACGACGGAGCCGCCAGGAAGCUGUCGGUUCCCGUGGAAACGGUGCAGCACGGCGUGGAGGCCCUCAUGUACCUCGUCAGCCAGAGCUCCAAGCACAUGUUGUCCGAGGUGGACUUUGUUGACUCGCUGUUGACUUUGGAAUUUGGUGACGAACACAACCAGAGCCUCCUCCAGAUGUACCUGCAGCAUCGCAGCGAGAUCCGCGCCAUCUUGAGUCUGGUGCCCCCGAGCUUGCCCGCUUACCACAACCUGGAGUGGAGGUUGGACGUCCAGUUGGCCAGUCGCGCCCUCCGCCGGCAGGCGGUGCCCGCGUUGACCACCAAGCUGCAUCUGACGCACGGGCCCGGUUCUGGAACGGAUGUGCGCGGCCGGGUCCUCCGCUUGGACCUGGGCACCCUCCUGCAUCUCAUCUCCAUCCUGGAGGGGGCGCUCAGGGCCUCGAAGAGCACCCACGCUCGACGCAUCCUCCGGAACAUCAAAUAGAAAGUCGGACCCCUCCCGUACGGAUUUUUCGGGGCUGUUGCUGAAUAAGAUUGCGAUGACCGAUUCGUCUGUUGGUCGGUUCAUUUCAAAAUACACAAUGAAUAAACUAUUUUUUUUUUUGGUCCCUUACAACAACAAAAGAUAUGGAUUGAAGGCAGACCAUCUGACCGUUUUACCAAUACUUGAUUUCUCCUUAAGUGUAAAAUGUUGCAACAGAGAAAAUCCUGUCAGAUUUUUUUGUUUCUUUGUUUGAUUAUCGUUGUCUUGUCUCGUGGAGGGAAAAAAAUUGGCCAUUUUUUUGCCGCGGUCGGGCCCGGAUAAGGACACUCAAAAGUUGCCCGUUUUUGUACUUUUUUUAAUGUGUAUGACAGAAAAUGUUACUUAAAACCUGCUUGUACACUUUUUAAUUUCUUGUAAUUGACCGACGGUCACUUUUUCUUUUGUCGUUGUUGGAAGUUGGCACCGUGUUGCAGUUUCAACUGCUAAAAACGAUAAAACGGGCCACUUGGCGUGUUUACGUUUUCAGAAGAAAACGAGAACGUCCUCAAAGUUGCACGAUUAUCAUUUAAAACGCCUUCCGCUCGCGAUGGAAGCAAGUUUUCCGUUUCAGGGGUCAGGAGGCUUUUUAGCAUGACUUCGUUCGAGUUGAAGGAUUUUUAGUAUUUUGUGCAUCAUGUUUUUUUUUUUUUUUUAAAUUGUGAGUCAUGUGAAUAUCUAGAAUACAAUAAAUGAAUCAAUACCGGA